CAAAUUGUAUUCUCUUACAAAUAUAUUUCUCCUUGAAGUUACUGCCGAAAGGUAAACAUCAAGGUACUUUUGAGUAAAGAGUUUGAGAAUGCAGAGUCUUGCGAGGUCCUUGUUCCUAACGGGUCGGAGGUGUUUCCUAAGAAAAUGCACAGAGAACAAUGCCCGCACCAUUUUCUCUUCAGCUUCUCUUAGAAGUGACAAACUAUUUGUCCAUCGUGACACAGAAGAGAACAAUCCUGACAUACCUUUCGAAUUUACCCCCGAAAAUCUAAAACGUGCUCAGUCCAUCAUCAACAUCUAUCCAGAAGGGCAUGAGGCUGCUGCUGUCAUACCUCUACUAGACCUGGCGCAGAGGCAGUUUGGAUGGCUACCUAUAUCGGCCAUGCAUUAUGUGGCCGACAUGCUGAAAAUGCCUUACAUGAGGGUGUACGAGGUUGCAACCUUCUACACCAUGUUCAACAGAGAGCCUACCGGGAAGUAUCACGUGCAAGUGUGUACCACAACCCCCUGCAUGCUUAGAGGCGCGGAGGACGUGGUGACAAGGUGCAAGAAGAACUUGGGCAUCGAUGUCGGAGGCAUGACGAAAGACGGUUUGUUUACCUUGAGUGUUGUCGAGUGCCUUGGGGCAUGUGUCAAUGCGCCCAUGCUGCAAGUGAAUGACAAUUACUACGAGGAUUUGUCUUUGGAUGAUGUUGAUGAGAUUCUGAAUGACCUGAAAGCUGGACGGGUACCAAAAGCUGGACCUCGCAAUGGUAGAUUUGCAUGUGAGCCGUUGACUGGAUUAACAUCUCUCAACGAGCCUCCACCAGGACCUGGAGUUGGUGUCAGAUCAGAUCUUUAGAAUUUGGUUUCAUGUUAUAUUAUUGUACAUAAAAUGAAUUUAGAAUAAAAGUGACUGAAAUAUGA